CGUUUGUCGUUUUGAUUGACGUUGUUUGAUUCUUUCACAGGAUUUCCUCGCUUUUUAGAGUAUUUUUAACAUUAAUUUGAAAUAUAAUAUGAUUAUUAAUGGUUUUCGUGCUAUGCCAGUAAGACUUUGAGGUUUACUCGUCAAUAAAGUGCCGUGAUAAGCAUGGAAUCGCCAUCAAUGGACACUAUUUACCAGGCCAUCAGUGCCUUGUAUGAUAACCCCAAUGGAAACGAGAAGGAAAAGGCUUCUACCUGGCUAGGAGACGUACAGAAAUCUAUACACUCCUGGAAAGUAGCAGAUCAGCUCCUACAACAGAAGAAGGAUGUGCCUUCGUGUUUUUUCGCUGCACAAACAAUGCGAUCUAAAGUGCAACAUAACCUAUCAGAACUACCACAGGAUGCUGUUGUAUCCCUCAGAGACACUCUAGUGGCGCAUUUAGAAGGCAUCUCGGCUGAUACUAGUCCGCCUAUCCUAACUCAAUUGUCCUUAGCGCUAGCCGAUCUUGCAUUACAGAUGUUGACAUGGCAAAACUGUGUCAGUGACCUUAUUAAGUUAUUUUCCAACAAAAAUUAUUUUGUUCUACUAGAAAUAUUAACAGUGCUACCUCAGGAAAUUGACUCAUCAAGCUUGAAACUUGGUGAGAAUCGAAGGGAGGAAAUAAAAACAGAGUUACGUGCUAAUGCGCAAGAUGUCACAUUUUUUCUGAAGGAAUGUAUUAAUAGUAAUCCAAAUUCUCAAAUUGCAUUGAAAAUUAUAAAGUGUAUGACAUCAUGGAUACAAGUUAAAGCUAUUAGUAUACAGGAAGUGCCUCAAAAUGCUGUAAUAGGGUUCAGUUUGCAAGUUUUACAAGACCAUACAUCUAUAAACAUACUACAUGAUGCAGCUUCUGACUGUAUUUGUGCAAUAUUACAUUGUUUAGAAGAUAAUAGCAAUAAUACUGAGGUAGAAAAGUUAUUAUUUGAUAAUGUAUCAGCUCUAGAAGCAAGCUACCAUAUGGUAGUAGCUCAUGAAGAGGAAGAAAAAGCUGCAAACUACGCUAGAGUGUUCACAGAGUUGGCGGAGACAUUUUUAGGGAAAAUUAUAUUGAGUACUGCCAAUGGAAGUGCACAUUUUGCCAUGAGAGCCUUAGAAUUGGUUUUAAUGUGUGUAGGACAUCAUGAUUAUGAGGUAGCAAAAAUAACAUUUAACUUGUGGUAUCGUUUAUCAGAAGAGGUAUAUGAGAGGGACUACCAACCACUGACAGAUGCAUUCAAGCCUCACAUUGAGAGGCUAAUUGAAGCCUUGGCAAGGCACUGUCAGUGUGAACCUGACCUUAUACAGCUGCCAGAUGAAGAUGAGUUUUUUGACUUCAGAAUGAAAGUAAUGGAGCUGAUCAAGGAUGUGGUGUUCAUAGUUGGAUCCAGCUCAGUCUUCUGUCAAAUGUUCGCCACACUGCAGGCUGAUCUUUCCUGGGAACAAACGGAAGCUGCUCUUUUUAUUAUGCAAGCUGUAGCAAAGAACAUAUUGCCUGAGGAAUAUGAAUAUGUGCCAAAAGUAGUGGAAGCAAUACUAUCUAUGCCUGAGGACAGUCAUCCAGCCGUUCGUAAGACAUGCAUCCUCCUUCUGGGGGAACUCUGCGAAUGGAUCGAAAGGCAUCCUGAGUGCCUGGAGGCCAGUCUGCAAAACCUAAUUAGAGCAUUGCAUGAUAAGAGAUUAGCCAAUGCAGCUGCUGUCGCUUUGCAGAACAUCUGCAAGGCGUGCCGCAGCCACGCCGCGCCGCACGCGGCCACGCUGCUCCGUGCGGCGCGCCUGGCCGACGAGCUGGCGCUGCCGCUGCACACCUCCUCCACGCUCAUGCGCGCGCUGGCCGCCGCCAUCGGCCGCCUGCCGCACGACCAGCUGACGGUGGCGAUGCGCGAGGCCACGGCGGUGCAGCUGGCCGGCCUGAACGAGCUGCUGAAGAGCAGCAAGGAGAUGAAGAAGGGCACCAGCUCCGACCCCGUGCUGUGGCUGGACCGGCUGGCGGCGCUGUUCCGCGACGUGGACGUGCUGCCGGCCAGCGGCGCGCACCCCUGCAUGCCGGCCUUCCGCGACGCCUGGCCCGCCAUCAACGACGUCAUGAUCAAAUACGUGUCGGACGGGCGCAUCAUGGAGCGCUCGUGCCGCUGCGUGCGGUUCAUGGUGCGCAGCGCGGGCCGCCACGCCGCGCCGCUGCUGCCCGCGCUGUGCGGCGCGCUGCCCGCGCUGUACGCGGCGCGCGCGCACUCGUGCCUGCUGUACCUGUGCGCCGUGCUGUGCGACGCGCUGGCCGAGCCCGCCGCCGGCGCCGCGCUGGCCGGCCUGCUGCGCGCCGUGCUGCCGCGCGCGCUGGCGCUGCUCACCGCGCCCGCCGGCCUCAAGGACAACCCCGACACCGUGGACGACCUGUUCCGGCUUUGCGUACGAUAUCUCCAGAGGAGCCCAGCAGCUCUGGUGGAGGGAGACACCCUGGGGUCGGUCCUCCAAUGCGCCGUCGCGGCUUGCGCCUUAGAUCACAGCGACGCCAACUGCUCGCUGAUGAAGUUCCUCCACGACCUCACUCGUAUGGCCUCCGCCACGCGAACUGACGACCAUCACUUAAAAGGUCUGGUGAACACGGCGUUGACGCAGUACGGAGAGACGCUGACGUACGCGCUACUUGAGGCUUCCGUCCUGCAUCUACACUCGUACAUGCUCGCUGAAGUGGGCGAGGUGUUGCUGGAGCUGUUGCAGUGGCAGCGCGGCGCGGGCGUGGACUGGUUGCAGAGCGCACUGCGCCGACUUCCGCGCGCGCCGCCCGCCGCCACCGAGCACCAGUGCUGGCAGUUCCACCAGUACGCCAUGAGGGCUGAGAAAUGCAAGGAGAUGACCCGAUUGCUGCGCGACUUCGCGCGCCUCUACCGAUAGUGACACAGACAACCACACAGCUACGAGGCCGCCACAAGACUGACUCCAGCAGAAGCCUUCACUGCGUCUUGUUUCUGACACUCAUUAGCACGUUAAGACUCUUACUGACACUGUUAGGCACGUUGACGCUGGUAGACUUGCAGUACGUUCUGACACCGUUAGAAACGUCUUUGACGCUGUUAGACAUGCUGUCACAUGGACACCGUCAGACACGUUCUUAACGUUGGUAGAUAUGCUAUGUCACUUUGACACCGUUAGACAGUUUUUUGACGCUAUUAACAUGUGACGUUAGUAACAAUGUUGCAUACAAUUUUGGACCUGAAUCGUUACUUUUCUGAUACUGUUGGAUUUGCACACUAACAGUGUCAAAAUUACCUGUCACGUCAUGUUUCUAAUGAUGUUAGUCACGCUAUUAACAAUACAGUCAAAUUGAGCUAAACAAAACUAAACUUUAUUUAGAAGAGCAUAGACCCAUAGACCUUAUCUUAACAACUACUGGAAAAUCUUUUUGGUUUGGUUUAGUGUUGGUGCGCCUAAUUUGGACUCGACAUUUUAUAUUUCUCUGUGAGGAUAAAUGAUUCCAUUCAUUCAUUUCGGAUCCGAAUGUGAUUACUUUGUUAAAUUUGUGCGAUAAAUGUAGGUUCAUUAGAAUCUUCAAGUAGAUAGGUAGUCAAAUAAUUUGCAAAAACAAAUAGAAUGAACAUAUUGUUUUUUUUUACAUGAAUGCAAUUACACGUAAUGGUAAGUGACCAUGAAGCCUAAAAUGAAAUGCGAUUGCGUCGGAUAUGUAUUCACUCUUGAUCUGAAGGGUUCCAUAUUACGGGUGACGGUAUUUUAUAUACAUUUACAGGUUUAAUUCAUGUUUUAUAAAUGCUUAACUUUUAAUUUUAAAAAAUGUGACGCCAUGCCAGUUACACAGAAUUGGCCGACUGUUGCAACAACGAAAACAAACCGAAAUUUACGGAUGAUCUACAAAUAUUAGUAGUUGAUACCUGUCGAUUGUUAUUGAACCUGUAAUAUGUGUAAAUGUAAUAUGAAAAUGUCAAUGCAAUCCCAAGAUGGGGAACUUUUAUUGAGUCAUACAAAGAGCCUCUUACUUUCGUAUUUUACUCUUAUUUAAUUUAUACGUUUUGUAUAAAUGCAUUUUUUUCUUUAAGAUUAAAUAAGGUUUUAGUUGACUUUGAAGUAAGAAACAAAGUGUCAGAUAUAUUUGUUAACGAAGCCAACGUAUAAAGCCAAGAUCCAGACGUUCAAUAAAUAACAUGUGUGAUGUCUAAAUAUUUGAAAUGUUGAGGGAGUUAAAAAAUGCCUUAAAAAAAUAUGGAACUUGAUAUAAAUGUAAAUAUUGGAAAAAAUACCGAAAACUUAUUCUUAUAUUUGUAAUGCGGUCGAUAUUUUAAGUGUAAAAAUAUAUGUCAAGAUUUUAUACGUUUUGUCAACUACCUAAAUGGACAGAGUAUAUGAAAGUUUUGUACGCCAACGCGCCCCUCGCUCUAGAUGUAGGGUGUUUAAGAUUUAUACAGAAUUAUAUAAUUUGUUACCAGCUUUUGCCCGCGAUUACGUCAACGAAGAUUUGUUUCGCGGCUAAACGGAAGCCUAUUCUAUAAAAACUUCAAUGCAAAAGUGUCCUCAUGUCCGUUGUUGAGUAAAAGAACAAACCAACAAAAACUUUUGCAUGUAUAAGAAAAUAUCGAAAUGCUUGUUAUAACGAUUAAAAAAAACAAACCGUACUAGAUGUCUGAACUCGCGUGGAUUUUCGUCGGAGUAUGCCCAACUGGACACAAAGAAAUAUUGGUUUUUUAUUUAAUUUAAACACUGAUACUCUAUUAAGACAAAAAUAGCCCGGUAUUCAUAUAUGGAUAUUAUUUGACCGUCUGGCCCUUGAUAAGAACAAAUUAUUGUGGAUAUUGAAUAAAGAAUAUAUUAAAUAAUAAGAAACAAAUAGAACAUCACAAUGAGUAGUUAACAAUCCAGAUUUAUUGAAAACUCAUAUCAAAGCAAUAAUUAUGUUUUAAAAGUAUUAUAAAAAUUUGUCAACA